CCCAAUUCGUGGGCCGCCAGUCUAGCUGUCUCUUUCUCUCUCUCUUUUCUACCUCCAAAUAUCCGCAUCUCCUCCCAGCCGGAGCAGUCGAAUCUUGACGUCAGAGCCCAAAGCGGAAAACCCUAGUUCCUAAAGUCGGCGCGCGAGCGGAGCAGCAAAGUCGCCGAUCUAUCGCUUUCUGAUAAAUGCUGAUGGGAUACAUAGGAGCUUUGCAGCUGGUCCUAGGGCUUUAGAGGAGGGUGAGAAAUCUGGGUGGAGUUAUAAAUGAUUUGAUUGAGCUGAUUCUUGAGUACAGAGAGGAUUGGCGCUCUACUCAUUGAAUCAUAGAGAAUGAAAGGGUCAAUGUUUAUGUCAGUUUUUUUACAUAUAUGGAGCUUUUUGGACAAAAUGCACCAUUGGAGCUUGUGGAGCAUUGUUCACACCAAGGAUUGUUCUAUUGGUUAUAAAGUAUACAUUUUUAAAGAUGAGUGGCCGUGCAGGCCGUACUGUAUAUGUUGGCAACCUUCCUUUGGAUGUUCGUGAGCGGGAAAUUGAAGAUUUGUUUUACAAGUAUGGCCGUAUAGUGAAAAUUGAAUUAAAGAAUCCACCUCGACCACCGGGUUAUUGUUUUGUGGAGUUUGAAAGUUCCCGGGAUGCUGAUGAUGCAAUCAGGGGCCGUGAUGGAUAUAAUUUUGGUGGCUCUAAUUUGAAGGUUGAGCUUGCUCAUGGUGGUAGAGGGUACUCAUCUUCGAGCGGUCGAAGCAGUCGCUAUGGUGGUGGAGGUGGUGGUGGAGCUGGCAAGUUUGGGGUCUCACACCGCUCAGAUUACCGAGUUGCGGUCCGAGGAUUACCUUCUUCAGCUUCAUGGCAAGAUUUGAAGGAUCAUAUGAGAAAGGCUGGGGAUGUAUGCUUUGCCCAAGUGUUUAGAGAUGGUGAUAGAGCUAUGGGCCUUGUUGAUUAUACUAACUAUGAGGAUAUGAAAUAUGCUGUUCGCAAGCUUGAUGACACUGAGUUUAGAAAUCCUUAUGGAAAAUCCUAUAUUCGGGUGAAAGUAUAUGAGGGAAGUAUGUCAAGGAGCCCAAGUCGAAGCAGAAGCCUUAGUAGAAGUCCCAGAAAAAGAAAGAGUCGAAGCAAUUCUAUUGACCGUCAUGGUGUGAAACGGGCUUCUAAAUCAAUUUCUCCAAGGCUCAAGUCUGCUUCCCCAGCCAGGUCGACGUCAAGAUCAAGGUCACGUUGAUCCUGCGAGGUGUGUGCCAUGUUGUCUUCAGCUGUGCAGGACGGGCAGCUGGGACGCCGCAACAUGCAGCAUUGCCCACCUACCCGGACAGUAGUUUGUUUUGCUUUUGCGUAUUUUGGACUUAAAAUUUUGCUUUCUACUAUUUAGUGUCUGUUGCGGAGCCUCAGAUUUUUAAACAAGAACUUAUUUCAAUUGUGUUUA